UUUUUUUUUUUUCUUUUUCAUUCAAACAUGUCUACUCCCUUUUCUAAACUCGUUGAUGCUUCCAAGAACCAACCUAAUGAUUGCGAUGGUUGGCGUGAUAAGUUAGUUGGUAAAGUGAUUCUUAAAGAUGAUGUAGAAACAACUCUUUCUGAAGGAGAGUAUGUGCGUACUCAAGAUUUGCCUAAACUGCAUCGUGUUCUCCCUCCUAAUAGCAUGGCCACGAUGGAUUUCAGACCUGAUCGUUUAAAUGUCCAAGUAGAUCACUCUAUGAGAUGUACUGGUGUCAACUAUGGAUAAAUGAAUAAAUUUAUUAUGCUGAUAGCCAUUCUGUGCUUUGAUGAAGCCAUUUAUCAAGCAA